UUCCGGCCCUUUGCUAACGUUGUAUCCGGACAAAUGAAGCUAACGCUAAGCUAACGUUUCCCCAUAUUUUUAACUGUAAAUGAGCCAUCGGAAGCUUUGACAUAUUUGUGAUUUAUUUAUUCAAUGUAAGCGAGAGCGUCUCGCAGUGCUGUUCGGGCUUCCUUUUAUCCAUUGGUGUCUACCCAGCCAGUUCUUUAGCCACAUAUGGUUGGAGUAUUUCAUUGUUAGCCUAGCAUUAGCCAUGCUCUCAGGCUUCGGUUUCACUCGUCUGCUGGGUUACAGUCUAUGGUUGCGGCUUACUUGCGAUAGGGACCAGAGCUACUAGCUAGCUAGCUAGCAAGCUAAGCUUUUUGAAGUAUUAACGGUUUUGUCCUCUUAUAUUUGUGCUCUUGUUCCUGUAUCUUUUGGUUGUUCGCCACUUUCCGUGUAACAGAAGCUCUCUGGCGUGCACCUCAAUUGCUCAACUCGUAGGCUUAGCUGAGUUAGCGACUCACACUGCCGGCUAAUUCUGGGGAAACGUCUUUUAGUUGUUGACGCUUACAUUAGUGUGAAUGUUGUGUUGGAUAAGCAGUUAACUUCUACACCAUCAGCUCGAGAAAGCUGUAACAGUCUGCCAACAACUGUACAUAAUUUAAGAUCAAGGCGCUUCAUUUUUGGUUCGUGGUACUCCGUCUUCCACGAUGGCUUCUUCCUCUGGAAACGACGAUGACCUGACUAUCCCCAGAGCAGCUAUCAACAAGAUGAUUAAAGAAACACUUCCUAAUGUAAGAGUGGCUAACGACGCCAGGGAGCUUGUGGUGAACUGCUGCACAGAGUUCAUACACCUCAUAUCCUCUGAGGCCAAUGAAAUAUGCAACAAGUCCGACAAGAAGACCAUCUCUCCUGAACAUGUAAUCAAUGCCCUCGAAAGUCUUGGUUUCGCAUCAUACAUCACAGAGGUGAAAGACGUCCUGCAGGAGUGUAAAACCGUAGCCCUGAAGAGGAGGAAGGCGAGCUCUCGACUCGAGAACCUGGGCAUCCCGGAGGAAGAACUGCUCAGACAGCAACAGGAAUUGUUUGCCAAGGCGCGGCAGCAGCAGGCGGAGCUUGCCCAGCAGGAGUGGUUACAGAUGCAGCAGGCUGCCCAACAGGCGCAGAUGGCAGCAUCGUCAGCCAGCGCCGCCCAGCAGGCCGGCUCUUCUCAGGACGAAGACGAAGAGGAUGACAUGUGAUCCCCAGAUGCCAUCUCUCAACUUGUCCGGAUCCCUUUCUGGAAAGUGUUGGCAUGAACAUCUCCUCGUACUGUCAUUGGCAGAGACAUGAGAAGUAUUAGACUGCUCAGUGUACCAUUGAUAACACGCAUUGGAAUGGGCAGUGAAGAGAAAGAUGACGGGGGAUUGCCACACGUUCUGAUACCAGAACCUGAAAGUGAUUUAAACUGAGAGGCUAUUAAUGAAGUUUUUGAUUAAUCUCUUCUUACCCCCUUGUUUCCACUUGCUUCUGUUUAUGUCUUGACUUUAUGUUGUAAGUAAUUUUUUGUAGAUUUCUGGAUGUGUUGUGGAUGCACUGAAGGCAGACAUUGCCUGGAAUCUGUCAGUGAAUAUUGGUGGUAAAGCAUCAAGUGUUGGCUUCUGCACCAGAUAGCUUACCUUUGUUAUCCUUUAUUCUUUAUCACUUGGUGGUUUGGGAUAACUGCUUUAGGAAAAUUCAGAGCCAACAAUUUCUCCUUCUUGUGGUCGCAGUGGAUCAUUAUAAGGGUUGUGAAUAUUGGAAUAUUUUUGUUAAGUAAAAAAAAAAGUGGACAGUUUGUUUAAAUUUAGCUCACUCUGAUGCUUUUUGUUGCAUUUCCUUUCUACCUUGAACCUCACGCAGUAUUGCUAAUUAGCCACACCUUUCAGAAACGGAAUAUUUUUGUCUCAUAGAACCAAAGACGGUGAAAGACAGACUAACAGCCAGACAGAUUUAGUGUUUUUAAAAGGUGUAGGUGCUACUGUGAUUGUCCUCGCUGGCUCCAGGUCAGUGUAAACAAUGUUACGGAUUAUUAACCUAUAACUUUGUAAGAUGCUUUGAUAUCCAGGCUGAAUUUGUUAUUUCCCCUUCUACCUUUUGGGUGCAGUAUCAAACAUUUGCAUUGUGACUGUGGUCAAUCCUCAGUGUAAAGACAAGUAAACUUUUUGAGACGAACAUUCACUUGCCUAUGCUACAAAAGGUGUAUUCUUUAAGCAAUAAAGGAAUCCUGUUUUAUAGACAA